GAUAGCCGUUGUUGUCGCGCGCGCGGUUAGCUCGGCUCUUGGUUUGGUUCGUUGGCUCCUCAUUGUGUGCUCCUCAUUGUGUGUGCGAGUCCGUCACCGAAUUUCGUCCGCGAGCCAGGUUCGUGUACCCCUCGGGCCGUCACCUGUGUCCUGUGUCCCAGUGAACUGUGUCCAGAGCCGAGAUUCUCCACCGUGCCUUUUCCCCAGUGUUUUUCCCACCCCCCGCGUGUGAAGGGUAGUUUAGUGUAUCGUCUCUAGGAUUACCGCACCCUCGUCGUGGCGAGUAUGCUAAGGGCUCCUCGCCGGUUGUGAAGUCUCCGUUUAUUUUUUUCAACCCCUCUUCUUUCGAGCUGCAGAUCCGUGGAGUUUCCGGGAUGGUGGACUACUACAGAGUGCUGGAAAUCACGAGAACCGCCACAGCUGCCGACAUCAAAAAAGCGUACAGGAAAUUAGCACUGAAAUGGCACCCGGAUAAAAAUAUAGACAACCAUGACGAAGCUAACAAAAAGUUCAAAGAGAUCUCAGAAGCCUACGAAGUACUUUCAGACGAAAGUAAGAGGAGGAUAUACGAUCAAAAAUCGACUGCGAAACCGCCCACCGGUCGACCGAGAGCCACCCCCGAGUAUAAGCGAUCCUCUUUCAGAACGUUCUUCGAGAUGCCUUUCCAGCGAUUCUUCGAGAAAAAGAGGCGAGUCUAUGAUCAGUACGGAAAAGAUGGUCUCAUCAAUGGCGGUGUGAAUGCUAGGAGCAGAAGCAGGCACCACACCCAUCACACUGAUUCCGAUUUUGAUCUUGGAUUCGGAGGUUAUGGAUUUGAAUUCCGCGACCCUCAGGAUGUCUUCAGAGAGUUCUUCGCUAGCAACUUCCCGUUCAUGGAUAUCUUUGGAACAGGUAACAGUCGACACUCAUCUAGUCGGAAUAACGGUGGUAGACACGGCAACCAACUUAGCUCACUUUUCGGGAAUCCCUUCGGUUUAGGUUUCGACACCCCUGACUUUUUCUCAGAUUGCGGUCAGGGACAGUGGUCCUCUAUUUCAACCUCUUACGGCUCACCCUCAACCAAUGGUCCAGUUACUUUUAAGAAGACCUCUACCUCAACAAGAUUUAUCAAUGGAAAGAAAAUCACCACUAAAAAAAUUGUGGAGGGAGGAAAAGAGACUGUGAUGCAGUACGAAAAUGAUGUACUCACCUCAAAAACGGUGAACGGUGUUGCACAGGCAAUCAGCUUUGGCAACUAAACCACCUACCAAAGGUCCUCAUUUUAUUUGUCUGUAGUUUUAGUCUGCUCUCCGCCAAAUUUCCUCAUGUAACUAGCGAAUUUAAAAUUUCCAAGUGGUCUCUAAAUCUGCAUUGUUUACUAUUAGUAGUUGAAUCAAUUCGGGAUUUAUUGAAUUGUAAAAAGUAAUAAAAAAAUUUAAAAAAAAAAAAAAUGAAAUAAAAAAAUUUCUGGAGAGGAGAUGUGGACAGCUAUCAGCCUCAUCCAUGUAUCAUUGUUAUAUUACCUGCCCAAGAGCAUUUUACCUUCAUCCCUGUGCGCACUACCUGACCAGGAAGAUGCUGCAAUUACCAUUGGACUCAUUAAUGUUUCAUGGACUGAUCAUACUUCUUAGAAAAUAUCCCCCAUGAAGUACAAAUUUUCGUAAACUCGACCAUUACAAAUAACUGGCAGCAUUUAAAAGAAAAAUCUUAUAAUGUAAGGUUUACAAUGAAAAUAUGUGUUAUUUCAUCCAGUCAAGGGCACCAAAUACAUGUAAGCAACCAUGACUACCAAUUGUAUGUAAGUAUCAUGCUGCUGUCGUUAGAAACUCUGGAAUGUGAUUAGUCAAUAUAAUGUCCCUUAAGUCAGGUCUUAUUAUUUUAUAUGUACUUUAAAUAAAUGAGUCAAGGCAUCUGAAGAUACCUCUUCUGGUAUGCUUUUUUUUGUCGGAACAAUCAUCAAUCAAUAUCAUUGGUCAUUAAACAAACUGACAAAUGCAAAAGAAAAGGAAUGUAUGAAGGUAUAACAACAGUGAAGCUCCCAAACCUUGCGUCUUCCUUGCGUUGUCCUAAAAUCUUCACUCUCACCAUUUUUCCUUUUCUUUUUUUUUAAAAAAAAGAGGAGAUCAACAUCCAUCUUCAGGCGUUUCAGAAUUUUUCCUCAUGAAGAAGAAAAAUCACGGAAGUUUUGAAGAAUUGACAUUGAGUAGUUCUUCAUUAAAAAAUGGACUAUGACAGGAAAUCGUUCCAGUCGCAAACUUAGGUAAUUAAACUAAGUGUCCAUCAGUCCGUAUAGUCCGGAAAAAGGACGCCUUUUUUUAGGUCCAUAGAGAGGGUUCUCAUCUAUUAGAACUUGUUUCUAUGCAAAAGAACAACAUAAGCAAUAGUAAAUCACGAAAGUAUGUAGCCAGCCCUCGACAGAUUUGUUUUGGGCUUGUGAGAGCUUUUGUGUAUUUAAAAGUGUUGAAUUAAUGAAUCCAUGAAUCCAACUUAGUAGUAAUUGUUCUAAUUUCGAUCUCAAAAUUAAAAUUUGAAUGAAUUGGUUUCUUCUUUUAAUUAUGUAUGAAAUAUCAAGGAGUGGUGUCUCAAAUUCCACUUUGCUUGACUUUAGUCGUGCAAAGUGGAAUUCGUGUCCGAUUUUCUAGGCAUUAUUUGAAAACUUUUCCGGCUUUUUACACUUUCUUUUUUAUAAGAAAACGUUAAAACUUCAAUUAUAAAUAAACAGAAUGUUCGAAAGUACUACAAACAAAUUGUCCGGAGCGCAUUGAAGAAAAUUGUUCCACUUUGGCCUGCUCUUCCCAAAUUCAUGUAAUUGCUAUCGAAGAAUUUUGAUAUGUCGCGAAAAGAUAUGGAAGGAGUCCCUAAUUUUUUUCCAAGGAGAGGUACUUAAUUUUUUCUUUAGUUCUUAAAAAGUACUUCAUUUUUUGUAGACUUCAGUGGACACCCUGUCUUGGUCUGGGAGUCUCACUGUCGAUAAGCAUGAUUCUGGCCGGCAAAAAAAUAUGUAGCAGCUCCAUGCUCUACCCAAUUAUUUACCAAGAAUGUGUUGUCAAAGGGCUAUGAAGAGAUAUUCCUUAGUUUUGUAGGAAAAAAUGUUUUGCUCUCUUGAAAUGAUCACUUUUUUUGUUGAACUCCAUCCUCCUUGGACCGAGAAAUGCAGUGUCUGGAGCUAUUUAGCCUAUUCUGGCCAUUUUGGGGCCCCAAAACAUGAUUAGUCAAUUAGCUUGGAUCAAAUUAGUCAGCCUAGCAGAAUCAAAUUCCCAGUUGGUGAAAAAUUCAGUUUUCUUUUUCAUUUUUAGUUCCGCUGUUUUAUUCAAUUGAGCUGCCAUGAAAAGUCUGAAUCCCAAGAUACAGGGACUUCUGAAUUACUCAUUUUUCGUUCGAAAGUUGGAUAUAUUUUUGCCCUCUGGUAUCCUUAGUAUCCUCACAAUGUGUGUUCUUGAUUUUUGUAAUUAAUCAUGCGUGAAGUUUGCCUACUUCUUAAGGAAAGGCACGCUUGAACUACUCUUGAAUGUCGAAGGUGGAUAGAAGUACUGCCAUCUACAGUAAGGGUGUUUUUAAGGAUAUAUGCCAUAUUUUAGUAUUGUAUUCUGUACUUGGAAUUUUUUUUUUAUUUUUAUUUUUUUUUUUUUUUUUUUAGAGAAAACAAAAAAAAUUUCAUUUUAAAAAACCAGUGCGCAUAAUCUCUAUAUUCUCGUUCAAAUAAUCGUCCUAUAUAUCGAUAAUUUGCUCUAGAAGCACUGCAAGAAAAAAAUGUAUUGAGGGUUUUUUUUUUAUCUACAGAACGCAUAGGGCUUAAUAUGUUAUCAUGGAGCAAAUGCAUGGAGUUAUCCUCGGUUUGAAGCGGUUCUGCUCGAGGUUAGGAUUGCAUGUAACUGCUCGAAAACCACCUCAGAAGAGUGAUCCAAAUGUUCCAGUGGAAGAAUUGGACGGGUUAGACCAAGACACUGAACUGGGAUGUAAAAGUUACGCGGUUCGUCACGAUCUGUUGCAUUUGAAAUGAAGAGAAGCCCUUAGUUUUCUUGCAAUGAAAUAUUCCUUCACAGAAUACAAGUGCAAAAACUGGCAUGAACUUAUAGUGUCUUUGCUGUGAAUGGCAGAAAAACAAUUCCAAAUGAGUCUCGAAUGUUGUCUUUCCUGAAUGGAGAUUUGACAUAUUUUGAUAUGAAGUUCUAUGUAUUGUCAUAGUCUCCUUUCAUAUUUACAAUUGUUUACCCAGAUUCAUGAGAGGUUUGAAUAUAACAAGCGCCUGAAUUUCAUGAGGUCUAGAACCUAGAUUCCAUUUACAGCACUGAAACUGAACUUUUUAUUUUUUCCUUUUUACGGAACUUUCAUUUUUCAAAUGACCUCAGCCGAGGAAUCAUUGAGGAAUUUAUUAGUGUCAGGUGCAUCAGAUUUAUUUUAUUCCUUACGCCUUAGCACAAUCCAACUUGGAAUCUAAUUUUUGUAAAAAUACCUUUCCUGAUUCAGAAGUAGCAGGGUAUGACCCUGGACUUCAAAAAAUAUUUUGCCGAUAGAUGUUCAAACAUGUCUCAUUAAAUCACACAUUUUUGUCCUUGAGUUAUCUUCCCAUGCCUCUUAUUUCUACCUAAAAUGUUGUACAUUAACCAUUCGUCAAUCAUGUACUCUUCAAGGAGAAUUUUAUGAUUAAUUUUCUAAAGUAGCUGUAUCAUCGCAGACUAUUAUCUUUCCACCCUCAAAUGCAUCUGCAUGUUUCCUUCGAAAUGAAGGCUUUAUCAAUCAAUCCUGCAUAUUAGCCAGAACAAAAUGUUAUGUAAUCAUCCUCAAUUAUUAAUUGGUUUCCCUGCCGAUCAUAAACACUCCCUCAGGGGGGAUCCAAAAUAAAUAUUCUUUGAAGCAUCUUUUUUUUUAAUAUAUGUAAAAUUCCCAUGAUAAAAAAAAUGAACCGAUAAAACUAGAGUGCCUAUAUACAGGAGAGUAUUGCCAUUUCUGUUCCGCUCUCUGAUUGGUUCAUCAGUUUUAGGCUUCAUUGGGCUCCAAAGUUGGACCAAUGUAAAUAAACCCGACCCAGAGGAAUACGUUUUAUCGGCUGAAAAAUGAAUGAUAAUCACACUCAAAGGUUAAUUUAUGGCAAAAAUAUCAAUCAAAAGUCGAUCCAAACGCAAUUCAGAAGUUAAUCAUAAAAAAAUUUCCAUCACAUCCAAAGUCAUGUUUAGAACUUUGUAGAACUUUGUCGCCAUCUUGUUUGUUAACAUUGGGCCAAACUAUGAGUGGAGGGGUUGGGGUUCGUUUACAUUGGACCAACUUUGGGACUCCAUGAUAGCCGACCAAUCAGAGAACGGCACACUUUUUCUCUAGUGAAAGGAUUGAGAUGGCAAUACUCAACUGUAUUCAGGUGCUCUAAACAUCAGAUGGGUUUUUUAUAUUUUUAGCCUUAAAAUGAGCUAAAAUAGAUCUACUUUUGGACAGCUUCUUUUAAUGAAACUGCAGUGGUUUAAGACUUUUAGACCUGUAUAAUACCUUAAAUUCUAUAAUUUUCAUGCAUUUUCAUUAAAAAAAACUCGUUUUCUCUUGGUCUAGUUUCAAUAUUCAUACUGUAAAAUAAUCUCCUCAAAUUAUACUGUAUAACCAAGCAUGGAUGUUCUUUCGAAUUUUGGAAAUUAUAUUUUUUUCAACGCAGCAUCCUCUCUUUUGGGAGUGAGGCUUCUUUGUUUCCAUCGAACUACUUUUCUGUGUACGCAUCGUUGAGUUUCUUUUGCUCCCUGGAAAAUGUUCUUUUAGCAAUUAUAAACACAAAUUAUAUCUGAGCAGAUCUUUUGAUAAUCAAUAAUGUGUGAAAAAUAUCAGUUUUGUUACCCUAUUAUGUAAAAUUUUAUUUUGUUUGAACAAUCAAAAAAAGUCUAGCUCAAAGCAAUACAGCUUAUUGUUAUCGAAGACCAGUUAACGCCUUGCAAGUUUUAGGUUCAUAUUUUAUCAGUAUACUAGAGUUGAAUUGAGGUGUUUGUUGAAUUGUAGUAGUCAUAGUUGUAUCAAUGAAUCAAUGCAGAAAAAUGGUCUUGUUGCAGAUUUAUUUAAAGAGGAAAAGAAUGUAGAAAGUGAGUGGAACCAUUCAGUGGCGAGACAGAAGAGGGUCUCAAAGGGUUUCGAACUCCUCUCACAAUUCCAAAAAUCUCGACUCGAAAAUUGUCUUAAAAAAGAUAAUUUUUUGCACUUUAUAGAAAUAUUUUAACUUUGGAUACCCUCCAUCCCCCCAAUUUCCGGCUACGCCAACUGAACCACUACCUGCUAUCGUUCUUGCCUCACUCCAGCCCUCCACUUGUCGUCAAUUAAAUUUUAAACUCCUCAAAAAUGUUGUUAUCAUACCCUAAUGAAGCUAUGAAUUGGAACAAAUAUUAAAUUAUAAUAUCAGUUGUCAAAUUGUGAUGAAAGUCUGUGUUUAUAUUUCUGCCUGAUUUAUCACUUCAUGCUUACGGUUUUGUUACCGCAGUUUUCCUCUUAUUUGCUCUGAUUUUUCUGAUGUAUACUUAAUCUGAAAUGAAAAAAGAUGCACAACAAUAGUUCAGGGCCAUCCAACUGUUUACUAUAGCCUUUAUGUAAAGAUUUAUCUCUCAAUUAUCUACGAUAGUUUAAGUAAUUUCUUGUUUUUCCGUUUACCUCUACCUAUUGGAAUUUUUGGAAAACUACUCUUAAAUUAAUUUGGUAAAGGCGGAAUAAGGUGCAUUCUCUGAGGAGUCUCUUUUCUGUUUUCUUCUCUCUCUCCCUCCUCCGUCUUUCAAAUGGAGUGCAUUUUGCAAUUUGGAACUAUAAAUUCUGGCCUGGUUUAAAAACAACGUAUGUACCAUUAGUUUCCCUAUGCACAUAAGUGUUUUCUCAGGUGAGCCAGAAGCUGUAGUUCUAAAUUGCAAAAUGCAGUCCAAAUAAGUUUUUAUCAAUUGUGCUACACCGUUUCAUCAAUUGCCGGAGCUUUUAUAUUUGGUGCUUCUUUAUCCUUGAUUCGUAUGUUGGUUCCUCUUGAUCAAUUUUUCAUGUUCUAUUUCUUCCAAUGUGCAAAGUCUCCUCUUUUGCGCAUGAUCGGAGUCCCUUAAUUGUCAACUCCUGCCUAGUGCCCCACCUUUGUUCACUGACGGGAUUUGGAGUCGUUUUUAUUUUUCAAUGUAAUGCACUUCAAGUGUGAAUUUCCUUCCACUGAACAGACUACGUGUGAAUGAAUCAUUUUUUGAAUGUGCCUCCAAAUCUAUCGUAUUGUUUUGUUCAAUUGUCUGUGCAGAGUUCUGUAAAUAAUUGUGUGAGUAUGAUUUCGUCAUGACUGACAAGAUUGUUAUAUAUUUAGUUUCUUGCUCACAGUUGUAACCUCGUUUUCCGACUUUCGGUUUUGUAAAUAUGUGUUCAUAGAAUUCUUUUGUUUCAAUUACCUAUUUUAGUUUCCAUUUCAUUUUUUAAGUAAAUUUUUGUAUUCUUUAAUUUAUUUACUUAAUUUUAAGGUCAUUUUGUUCGUUUAAGUUAUCUGAACAUUUCGAAGUUGGUAAAAUUUUAAGUAGCUUUGUUCACUGCCUAAAACCCUCAGGGGAAUAAGCUCGGGUUCUUAGCUGCACGUAAAGGUGUUCAGCUUGGCUGUGCUGAUUUAAAAAUGACUCAAAAAGAAAAGGCAUCCUCUUAAACAAUAGAUACAAAUUGUUACGUUGAAUGAAUUGAUGACACACAAUGCUAUUUUUAACCGAAAUGUCAUGUGCAAAGUGUAUCUCUUUUGUGAGAGGAUUUUAAUUGAAACAUUUUUGGCUAUCAAGCUCCAUGAAAAAAGUGAUAUGUACUUUAUUGUUUAGUUGAAAUAUUUCUUCAUUUCCUCUAAUUCAGUUUUUCAAAACCUGUAAAAAUGUGUGUACUUAAAUACCAUUGAAGUCACUUCGAAGGGUGGUGAACAUACAAAUCAAAUUAGGUUGUUUUUUUCUUCAUUUUUAUCUCACAGACUGUCAUAUUUUUUUUAUUUCCCAUCUUACCUCUGUGUUAAAAUGAACACUCAUGUUGUACAUAUUUACUAUUUCUUAAACCACAAAAUAUUUACCAUUAUUCACUACAUUAACUGGUUUUUCAUUAAAAGCUUUCACCACGA